GCGGAGAACUUCGUGCGGGUCGCUUCGAUUUCCCACACAAGCGGAACGGAUACACGCUUUCAAGGCAGGAAAAUUCCCCCACAAGGAAAAGCCAGGAAGCACUCGCGCGCGCCUGCCUCAUACAUUCCACUAGUCCAAGAUUCCUCUUAGAUCCUUUCGAAUUAAAACUGUAUCGUGUGUAUUGCGGAUUCUUUCGGUUUUUAAUUAGAGAAAAAAGAAGUUCUGUGACUUGUUAUAACCGGAUGCGAACAGAAAAUUAAGCCAAAGUGCUGAUGCAAAUACAAAUGCCGUAGAAAAUCGUCCCAAAAACGACACUUCUGUUGUGAUGUUCUAUUUUUAAUGGGAAAUUUUCGAGACAUGCUUUCAAAGUGAUUCUUUUCGGUGCUCGACGAAGCGUGAGCAGCAAAUGUGAUUUAGCGUCCCCUCAGAAUCGCCGCUCGAGAGGAAACCCCGUCAGCAUUCCUUCAUCGUGGGAACUUUUAUGUGACAGAACAAUCAACGUUCGUGCUACCGCAACAGCUCGUAUGCACUCACAUCCUAGCUCAAGCUCUGCCCCACGCGAAAUGAUUGUGUCGAGCUCAUCAUCAUCAUCGAGCUAGAGGUGCAUCGGCGUUCGUCGCUGUGGGUAGUCAAAUUAUCCGGCAGUCAGCCGAUUUGUUGUUUUAUAGAUGCAAAACACCACCCACAACUAGGCAGUGUCUUUUGCUUUCCCGCAUCUACCCACCCAGUCCAUCGUCAGUUGAAUUCUUGCCGAAGAAGGGCAGAAGCCGGCAACCGACAGUGCGAAUACCGGGCCAAGUUCACGCGCAGUUAGUGUCAGUGUGUUUUGUGAUACAUAUUUAAUUCAGUGCCACACGCCAAUUGAAGCCAAUUACAGCCCAAGUGUGACCGGGCUGGGAAUUGAGUGUUUUCUCCGUACGACUUCUAGAAGAAAGUGUCCACUUUUGGCAGUUUGUUCGGAAAGCUCGUUAGAUCCCAAACAACCGGAAACGACCCAUCCCAGCGCGAGCCACCCAAGGUUAUUGAUGGAUCGACCAACCGACCGCACCGGGGCACCAUCAUCGUCGUCGUCGCUGGUGACAACUCUACCACUACUGCUGUUCUAGAUGAAAGGACUCAACAGGACCAAAUGUCGCAUCGUUAGGCGCUUGUUUUUGUUUUUCGCCACCCUCUCGGUGAUCCCGUUCACGGUGCUUUAUCUCGUCACCUCGGAUCAUCUGUAUCGGUUCAGAGCGUUGAAUUACGGUACCAGUACUAAUGGCUCCCGACAUCAGCCCCAGUUCCAUGCGGUGCACCAUCCUCCCCCGGUCGUGGUUCAUCAUCAGCAGCAGGAACAACUCCGGAAGCACCAGCAGACACAAGACCAACAGCAGCAGCUUCAGCAGAAAGCCAUUAAGAAUAGCACUAGCAACCAAUAUCUGAUAGAUAUGGACUACAUGAAGCACAGGAUGGAGGAUCGCGUGACACGCCUAAUCGACAAGUGCACAGAAUAUAGACUAAAUGAACCGAAGCAAACCUACAAACCCAAAGCGUGGGAAUAUCUCAUCAAUCGCGAGUAUCACCUGGUGUGGUGUAACGUGUUCAAGGCGGCAUCAACCUCGUGGAUGUACAACUUUAACCUGCUGGCCGGUUACACGCCGGAGUUCCUCAAGAAAACCAAAGAUGUGCCGCUGCAGCUCGCUCGACAGCGGUAUCCCCGGCCCUCGGUGGAAGUGCUUCGAGAAGCCAUCAAUGGUUCGAUCUCAUUCGUGAUCGUACGGCAUCCAUUUGAAAGACUGGUUAGCGCUUACAAGGACAAAAUCCAAUAUGCACUGCCGAAUUCGCACCAUCACAAACUCGGCAUCCGGAUUAUUCAAAAGUACCGAAAGGCAACCACGGGUCAACCUUGGAGCACCCAAAAAUAUCCCACAUUCUCGGAGUUCGUCAAUUAUCUGCUGGAUGAGGUCCGGCAUCCGCACACGGAGAUCGACAUGCACUGGAUACCGGUGGCGUACUUUUGUACGCCCUGCUUCUUCCAUUACGAUGUGAUAGCCAAGUUCGAAACCCUGGAGGAGGACCAAAACUACCUGAUAGCGGUGGCACAGCUGGGACACAUGAUAAAGCCCCAGUGGCGAAACGCCGGCAAGGGGGCCCACACGAACGACCUGGUGGUGAAACUGUUCACCGAGCUGGAUGAUGAGCAGGUUCGAGGUUUGUACGAGUACUACAAGUACGACUUUGAGCUGUUCGGAUACAGCGUGGAUGAAUACUUCAGCGGGCGGGGUCGUUAGCAGGGUUUUGACUCGCUUUGAAUACGGCAAACUAUUCCACGCUUUAGUCAUACUUAUUAGUGAGACCAAGUCGACAAUUUCACGCGCAGAGAAAUUAACGGCAAUUAUUAAAUUUUGAAAGACACUCUAAAGAUGAUUGAAUUGAAAAGGGAAUGAAACGUUACCACAUAUUCUAUUUCGGUGAAAUAAAAUCAACUUUGAACGUCCACUAGCUCGUAAAAAUACAAAAUAAACCAUCUGCUGUUUUUCCGCGAUUAAUACUUUGGGCAUAUCUCAUCAAAGCUUACAAUUUGAUAAAAUGGGAAAUGAAUAGAGUAAUCCUAGAUAAGCUUCGCAAGAUUUUCAGUGAAAGUCAAUGAAGUUAAAGCUUUCUUACGGAAGAGCAAACGGUAUAUCAACAAAUUUGGUACGAAGUGUUGUAGAUAUAGAUUUCAUUCAUCAAUUGUGUAAAUCUACUUGUUUUCGGUUGUGCACUGUUAAAUGCUCAACAUUUAUAUGGAAUAAAGCUUAAGGCAACCCUGGGUUUAAUUCACGUUUAUGUAUACACAGUACAGAGAUCUCAUAACAUAAUUUCCUUGCAGAAACUUGACUUCCUAUUAUGUAACUUCGAGCUUGAACUAUCCUGCUUUGUGUACCAUUAUGGAUAAGUAGAACAAACUAAUUUGAGGAUAAAACACCAACACAAACAAUACGAAAGUGAAAAGACAAAAUGUAGUUACCUUUAAUUAGUGAUUAGUAUAGAUAGUGGAAUAUAUAGAUGAGCGAAGAUAAAUCCUCUGUCUCCAAACGAACUGUCAAACGUGUCUCCAAACGAGCAUGACGUCACGAUUUCAAUGGAAACAUUAAGGGCUGUGACGUCAUAUGCGCAUGUGCACGGGCAAAAAAAUCGACUCAGCCUUGCUUUCGCUCAUCUAUAGAUUCUACUAUCUAUAGUGAUUAGCAAUUUUUUUAUUCAUAAAUUAUUUCCUUCGCCAUUUAGAUGACAAUAUCAACCAUCGAAUUUUGGAAAGCAUCAAUUUAGACACAGAGAAAAUUAUUCAAUUUGUUAUAUUGGAUCAAUUACUAAAUCGAGAGUUACUUAAAAAAUAAACCAAUCGAAAAGGCUACCAACUUUAACUAGAGGAACUAGUCGCAGAGUAUGAUAAACAACCAAUGUGAUGAGCAGAAUGAUAUCAAUUAUAGAUCAAUAAAUUAGAAUUUCAAAUCAAAAAUGGCAAUAAUAAAAACAUUUCAAAUAGAAUGAAUCAAGUAGUAAAAAAAA